ACAUGGCAGCUAGUUCUUCAAGUCCUCUGACAACACCUGAUUUGCCCCUGCAACUGCAGCCUGCUUCUGUGACAUUGCUACAUUCGCUCUAUAAUGGACAUAUCUGCACAUUGCCAGGCCGGCUCAGAAUCCAGCCCUUCUUGUGGAGCAAGGAUGAUGUGAUUCACUGGCUAAGAUGGGCAGAGAAGGAGUACGGUCUCAGAGAAUCUGAUGAAAGCAAAUUUGAAAUGAAUGGGAAAGCCCUCUGCAUUCUCACCAAAGAAGAUUUUCGAUUUCGGGCUCCUAAUUCAGGGGAUGUUUUGUUUGAGUUACUCCAAUACAUUAAGACCCAAAGAAGGGAGCUUGUUUGCAGCCCUUUCUUUCACUCUCCCUUUCGGGAUGUAGACCAUGCACAGGCCACUACAGAAGACGAUCUCUCAGCUGAUGGCCACGUACUCCCUACCAAAUGUUUGGUUGUCACUGAUAGUCAUCUCGGACAUGCAGACCAAGCUAGAUCUUCUCCCACCAAGACCUUCUACAGCCCUUGGAAAAGCUCGCUCUCUCAUCAGGACAGAGAGAUAAGUCACAGGACAGGUGUUACUUGUUCCUGUCGCACGAUGUCACCAACUCCAGUCAGUGGUAAAAUUGCAGACUGCAAAUUACUCUGGGAGUAUGUGUACCAACUUCUUUGUGACAGUCAAUAUGAAUCAUUUAUCAAAUGGGAAGAUAGAGAAGCCAGAAUCUUCCGGAUUGUAGAUCCCAAUGGACUUGCCAGGCUCUGGGGAAAUCACAAGAAUCGUAGAAAUAUGACAUAUGAGAAGAUGUCAAGAGCUUUGAGGCAUUACUAUAAACUGAACAUGCUCAAAAAGGAACCUGGACAGAAACUCUUAUUCAGAUUCUUGAAAACUCCUGAAGAAAUACAACAUGGCAAAGUCAGUAAGUUUGAACAGCUGAAUAAUGAAAAGCAAGAAAAAGAGGACUGGAAAGAAAGUGUUUUCGAAGUCUCACCAUAGAAAUCUGGCAAGACAAAGCAGCAUCAAGGGUUUGUUUUAGGCAAAUGAAAGGUUUAAAGUAAUUGGACAGAGUGAAUAACAUCUUGGACUGGGGGUUGGAGUUGGCUGAGUUUCAGUUCAAAUGGGUAGAAUUAAUUCAACCUCUGCUGUUUUUCUGACUGCUUACUUUUGAACUACAGUCUUAACUGUAACACAAGUAUGGACAGGUUUUCAUUUGCAUAACCUUGGAAGGCCUGUUAAAAAUUGAACCUUUCAGAGGUCAUUAAUGGGAAGGGCCACCAUGAAUCAGAAAUUCUUUUGUUAUGUAUGUCAAUAACAGUAGUCGGCUAUUCCAACAAUAAUCAAAUUUUUUUUAACAAUCUGGAAACUGGUCAUAUUGUGUGUGUGUGUGUGUGUGUGUGUGUGUAGAUAUAAUGGAUUAAACCAUUAUGACCAGCAUGAAAAGGCAUUUUCAAAAUUCUGCUUUACCAGUAUGCAGCAUCCAGAAAAUCAGAAUAUUUGGUGCUGAAUCUUCAUACAUUUUGUUAAAAUGAUUGGAUACAAAUAGCUGCACCUUGACAUUUGCCAACCUGACUCCUAAAGGAGUGUAUAGUGGCUUUUAACUUGUUUUUGUUGUAGGCAGUACAGGCUGCCUUUUAAUCUGGCUCACAGCCAAAGUAGAUUGAAAUCAGGGUAAUUACCACCGUGAUAAUACAGUACCUUAUUCCAUAAAUUUUAUCUUGAGUCUCUGGAGUUAUUAACCUAGUUUAAUUUUUUUAACAGAUGAGAAACAGCAGCCAAGAAAUAGAAUACCAGUCUUUCACCAACUCCCCCUAAUGUUAACAAAAUUUUGAUCCCACUUUCAGAAGACACUAGAUAUCAUUAUUGGCCUCCAGAAAUGUGCUAGGAUUGUGUGGAAGUGAUAGCUAGAAUCAGGUCAUUCUCUCAGCCACGUAAGUGUGAGAGAAGAGUCUGAAUUUUGAUAUGGGGUUGGGGGAGGGGGUUGCUUUCUUGAUAAUUUUCAAACAUUUCAUGUCAGCUUAUUGAUUUUAAUUUCAACAUUACUAAUAACAAUUUGUCUCUUGGAUUACAGUAUAUUCGGGCUGUAAUUCAUGCAGCUAGUCUUGCAGCGCGGCCAGUGACCGAUGGGCACUCGGAGCUGUAUCAGAAGUUGCAUUGUAUUAUUUCUGUGUGGCAAGAUAUAAACUAUGAUGUGGGCACAGCUUAGAGGUGUUCCAUAGUAGGCAAAUUCAUCAGCAGCUUGACCAAUGCCCAUGGCUUCCAGGGACAUUCAGGAAGUUGUCCUUUGAGGGGAAAUAAAAUCUCCAAUCUCUGAAUGGGAAUGCAGGUACAGUACUCAUAUUAAACAUGCAUUACAGUAGGACUGCCAUAUCCGAGGGAGAUAAUUUCCAACCCCCCCUGCGCGGACAUUGGAAAACACGGAAGUACAGUAUUGAACACUAUCCAUUGCAUGGUCCCUGUCUCCCUCUAGUGACCAGUUCUAAUUAACAUACCCUGGAAAUACAGAUAAAUAUGUAUUUCUUUUACUUUAGUACUUUCAAGCAGUGCAUAAGUGAAUCAGUGCAUACAGUAGGGGGUCCUACUGUACUCACAUCCAUGUUUCUGAACAAGAACAUGUUCUUGUUUCUGGCUGGCUUAAGGUGCUCAUAGAGGGAAGCAUUUCUUUUUAUGUAUUCUAGUGAAUGAAGUGAUCUCAACAAGCUUUACUUAGGAGCCGGAGGACACUUGAGAAAGACUACGUAGAGAAAGAUCUAGGGAGAAAUGGGCUUCUGAUUCCAGGCUCAGAUGAGUUCUCUCUAGCAGAAACAUUCAUACAGCUAGUCUUGCAUUGCAGUCAAUGGUAAUGUGUACUCAGCUGUAUCAAAAACUACAUCUUCCCAUCCACAGUAAAUUCAUGAGAGUGACUGUACUUACUAGACACCUUGGAAGUCUGUAUUUGGUGGAAGUACGUAAAUAAAAAUAAUGUGAUUUAAGAAGACAAAAGCUCAAGAAAACGUUCGCUGAUUUCUUCGGUCAAGACUGUGAUCGGCACAGGUGUGGGGAACCAUGUCGCUGUCUGCUCCAGCUCCCAGCAGCCCUAGCAGUCAGUGGAGUGAAGGAUGAUGGGAAUUGCAGUUCUCACAACAUCUAGAAGGUUGUGAGUUCCCUAUUCCUCUCCUAUUGUAUGAGUAAUGUUCAGGCUGGACUAGUGUGAUGCAUUCUCCUUAUAUGCUGUUAAACUGCUGCUGACUUAUGGUGACUGUCUGAAGUAGUGGCCUCCAAAAUGUCCUGUCAUUAACGUUGUUCAGGUCAUCAAAUCAGAUGGCUGGAGUUGAUCUGCCGUUAGAAGAUGAGAGCACAUCAUUGUUCCAGAGCUACAGUUUCUUGGGCGCUUCAUGUCUGAGCAGGGACAUUAGCCUGUGUCUAAUUUCUGAUAAUCAUUCACAACUUUAAUUUCCACGCUAUUAGGAAAUCAGAGUAAAUCAUGUGAUGAAAAUUGGACACCAUUUAACACUUAAAAGAUGUGCUGCUUCUCCCUGCAAGGUCUCUGCAGCAUCCAGCUCAAUGCCCUUUUCCAUUUGUUCAUCUUUCAUCAAGCACAGAAGCACACAAGAAUGUUUUGUUCUACGGAGGACCUCCAUCUCUAGAAUGGUUGCCCUGAGGGCAUCGUUAUGAAGUUUGAAUGAAGAUCUGCUGACCUAUAGUGCUUUCUCUCUGGCCUGCCCCUGUUUUAUAGGACUGUUUUUGGUUCAAUUGUGUUUUAAUUUUUAUUGAUGUUUCAGCUGGAAUAUUUUUCAUGUUAGUUUUAUUUAUUUAAUAAUAACAAGAAUAAUAAUA